CCGCGCCGAUAAAAUUCUCCAAUUAUUGCGAUGAUUUUACGAUUCAUGCUGCGCUUGUAAAUCUAACGUAUUCGUUAAGGAUGAAACAAGCAUUUGCAUAAGUCAACGAUCGCUUCGCGUACGCAUUUCCCGAAAGCAGGUUUUUCUCAAUUUCGUCCGUAAAUAUCGACGGUGGCCACAAAGGUGACAUAUGCCAAAUAAAUUGCGUAUUGAAAGGGAACUCGAUCGAUCAGAUUCUGAUAUAUUCGAAAGCAGCAGCGCUCUUUCGACCAAUACGAACGAAGAAUGAAGAGCAAUCCAGAAGUGUACAACGAGCGAGGGAUUGAAUCUUAUAAGGAUGUCAUAGAAGAGGGGUCGGUCUGUUGGUUUAGUUUGGUAUAAGCAUUGCCGCAUGCAAAGUUUACUUCUUGUAUGUGAUUCUGAAAGCUACUUUGAUUGAACUGGAAGACUGAAAUGUGUUAAAUGAACUCGCAACUUUUUUACGCUUUAUUAUAGUACGCGCGCUUUGUGUUUGUGUAAGAAGAAUUUUCAACUUCAAAAUGAGUUUUAGAAUUUUUAGUCUUUCGUGCUUAUUAGUAUUAUUCAUUUACGAAACUACCUCAAUGAAACUAGGGGAUGAAUGCAGCAAUGACUGGGAAUGCAAAGAGACAAUAUCCGGAUCACAGUGCUCGCACAAACACUGCAUCUGCCAGCCUUACUAUGCAAAAGUUAACGAAACUAUGUGUCUGCCAUCGAUUUUACUGGGAUACGAUUGCAUAAUACCAGAUCAGUGUGCAAUGAGAGUCGCGAAUAGUAGCUGCUUGGAAGGAGUAUGCCGAUGUGUAGACGGCUUUUUACAAUUCCGAAAGCAUACAUGUCUUGGUCCUGCACGACCAGGAAAUGUGUGUUACAGUAACGCGCACUGCCGCUUAUGGACUGCCGACAGUCACUGCGAUUUUUUAAUACCGAACCUUUUCGGACGUUGUCAAUGUAAUUCGCCGUUACGUCAAGUUGGAGAUUCGUGCGUACGGUCGGCAUUUCAAUUUACAUACUCUACUAAUCUUCCACAGGAUACGUCUCCAACUACCCCACCCCCAACUAAAGACAUAACGUCCAAUGAAAUUACACAUACAUACGACUUGAACAGUUCACCCGAAGAAGAUAACAGUAUACCUCUAACAACCCUUCCUUUAAAAACGCCAAUAACCCUACGAACAUCCACCGUCCCACCUUCCGAAUCUCCAACAACUCAGCAGUCGCGUAGUCGAAUUAACGACGGAUACGGUGCGGUUAGCUUGGGACUGCCAUGUGUGACUGAUAUGCAAUGCAGAUCUGCGGACCCGGCCUCAAAAUGCAUUUCGGGCGUGUGCGACUGCAUAAGUAAGACAAAUGAAACUUUCGGCUGUUCUGCGCGCAGACGAGGAUGCAUCAGGGGUACCUUCCAGUGCCGGAGCACCGGUGUGUGCAUCAGCUGGUUCUUCGUGUGCGACGGCAGGAGUGAUUGCUCCGAUGGUUCCGACGAAGAAUGUACACGUGACAGUUGUCCAACGGAGGCUUUCAAGUGUAGCUCCUCAGGUCACUGCAUAUCGAGAGCUAGCCGCUGCGAUGGUAUCAGAGAUUGUCCGUCCGGAGAAGACGAGGUUGACUGCCAGGCGCUGGGGAAGAAAGGUUGUCCAGCCAAUACCUUCCGAUGCAAGGAUGGAAAAUGUAUACCGGAGUACGAGUUUUGCAAUGCCAUAAUAUCGUGCAGUGAUGCUAGCGAUGAACCGGCUCACAUAUGCAAGGGGAGAGCCAGAAGGAGACUGAUUGACUAUUGCCCACUUCGAUGCGGAAAUGGAAGAUGUCGAUCUAGUGCUAUUGCAUGUUCUGGUAGAGAUGGCUGUGGUGAUGGAACUGAUGAGAAGCAGUGCUCAGUGUGUAGAUGCCCGGUUGUGAAUGGAAGAAGUGUAUAAUAUGCCGACACUUGCUGGUUAGACAGUUUUACAAUACCAAAUAUGUAAAUCGCAAUAGACGCCUUUUUAUUU